AUGGCUAAUGAUGGUGAUGUUGAUCCGUCGCGGCGAAUUGACGAAGAGUUGUGGGCCCAUACGUCCGUGAAGAUAAAUCGAUUGGUGCAAGAGCACUUGCGCCAACAGCAGCAGCCGGCGGUCCCUCGGCCCAUCCAUCAUCAAGUUGUAGUCCCCCGUGACCACCUCGGUGCCCACCAACGGUUGUUCGACGACUACUUAACUGAGGAGCCGUGGGAGAAUGCGAGUGGUAGACCCGGUCACUCGUCGAUACAGAAGUGCACCGCCGCAAUCAGGCAAUUGGCCUAUGGAGGCGCAGCCGACAUGUUCGAUGAGUACCUUCACAUUGGCGAAAGCGAAACUACUGCCCGCGAGUGUCUGCAACAUUUCUGUCGGGCCGUCAUUCACAUAUUCGGGGAUACGUAUCUUCGAAAGCCUACCCCUGACGACUGCCAAUGUCUGAUGGAUGUAAACAGGAGGGUGCACAGUUUUCCAGAAAUGUUGGGCAGCAUAGAUUGUAUCAUUAGGACUGGCUCCACCGCUAGGAAAGGGAUAUACACGACCGGAUUCAAAAGCAAGAAUCCCACGAUGAUCCUCGAAGCUGUAGAUGACUACCGGCUAUGGAUUUGA